GACAUGGGAAAUGCGCACAGUUGGUUCACGUAGGUUUGACUGAUCCCAAUAAACUUUUUCAGAUCGCGAUCGACUCUCCCCCAGUUGAUGCCGGGGAUCAUGACCAUGAACGGUCACUACCAGUCGGCAGCCACAACGCCGCUGGAUUUGAGCACCACUAACCGAGUGCGUAGGAACACCAGGGACGCUGGCGUGACAGGCGGCUCACCUGCACCCCCGGCAUGUACAGGGACGGACAGUUUAGAAAAGUGUCCAGCUGUCAGAAGCGUACCGGUCUCAGCACCCAGUGUUUCUCGCAAGCGUCCAGCGGAUAGAUCUGCCUCAGAGCUUCCUUUUAGGAAACGCCGGUUUCUAGUCGAACCGGAGACCCAGAGACCGUCACCGUCUCCACCAGAAAGAGAAGACCGAUUUUCUCCUGCGGAAGACAAGACUUUACCUGCUCUUGCGGAAAGAGUCGUUAUAGCACCAGUGACUCCAAGGAGGGUGGAAGGACAGGGUCCAGAUGGAUACUCCAUAUGCUUUUUGCACCCACUGAGUUACGGUCAAUACCCAGUGUGCUUCUUGCCUUCUAUACCAGAGGCAAAUCCCCCUCUGGCCCACCAAACUGAAAGCCUGCUGUCUGGAAUCGCUCUGGCAACACGACAAGAUGAAGAUGGAGACACAGCACUCCAUAUAGCCGUGGUGCAGGGAGAAUUGGCCAUAGUCUACAAACUCAUCCAAUUCUUGAUGUGCGCUCGCAGAGAUGUUGAUAUCUACAACAAUCUCCGUCAGACUCCCCUUCAUCUGGCAGUGAUAACGAAGCAGGCAGACAUGGUGGAAGCUUUGUUGAAGGCAGGGGCCGACCCCGCAGCCUUGGACCGUAAUGGGCAAACAGCGCUCCACCUCUGCUGUGAAUAUGACCAGCACAAUUGCUUGUCUGUAGUCCUUUCUAUGCCCUCAUCUGCUACGUGCCUGGAGAUCAGAAAUUAUGAGGGUUUGAGCCCUCUGCAUCUGGCUGUGCUGCAGGGACAUAAGCAUUUGGCAAGAAUGUUACUGGAUGCAGGCGCUGACAUCAAUGCUAUGGACAUCAAAAGUGGCCAGAGUCCUCUCAUGCACGCUGUGGAGAGCAAUAACAUAGACAUGGUCCACUUCCUCAUUGAGAAUAGAUGUGAUGUCAACAGCCAGUCAUAUAGUGGGAACACAGCCCUACACAGCGCUUGUGGCCGAGGUCAAGUGGAGACAGUGCGGCUGCUGCUGAAGAGCGGAGCUGACAGUAGCCUCAAGAACUACCAUAAUGACACCCCCGUGAUGGUGGCCAAGAACAAAAAAAUAGCAGAUGUGUUACGAGGGAGAGGCUCCAAGCAGACAAGAGUUCAAGAUCAGCCCUGCAUGUCAGUUUCACCAAAUGACAGCAACCUAACAGAAAAUGGGUCCCCAUCUCCCAGCCAGAGUCGUGGAUGCUCGCCUUCGACUACACCACACACCAUUCAUCAGAACGCUUCCCACUCUCCAGACGCUUCCAUUUUGCGAUCUCAGACUUACCAGCCAGUGGGGCUUUCCUCUAUGUCCACGCAGACAAACAUCAAAGAAACAAUCAGACAACAGUAUCCUGGAGAGGGGUUCAACCAGUGGGAUGGUGGGCCAAGAAUGGGCUGCACCUGAAAUUAGACUAAAGCUGCCAUUUUUUUUCUGGACUCCAUGAAAAAAAAAAAGGCAGUCAUAGGUGUCCUUCUUUGGGCUUUCAUGCCUUGACAGACUGCCUGCAACCUCCCUGCUUCACUUGUUGCUUCUAGGGAGUCCUGUCCUAUACUGAGUCUUUGAAAACUGGGGAGCAAAACACUGCUGUGAUCAGCUGGAUUUUUCAACAUAAAGCUAUGCAUCGGUAGAAAUAUUGCACUGCAUGCAUUCAAGACUGAACAUGAAGACUAGUUUUAUGUACAGACAUCAGUAAAUGACGGCUAUGGACCAAAGCUCAAUGAACUCCCAGUCCUUUUGUCUUGAUUUGGGAAUGAUGCUAUGGAACAAAUGUACCUGGCCUUACUUGAACUGUGUAUAUUGCAUGUACAUUAUGCUUGGCUUUAUUAUUAUGGCACCAAGACUUUUUACGUUUGCAGUCUGCUUAAAAGACCUGGCAUACAUUGCACAGUCAAAUACCUUGUUUCCCUCCUUCUCGUAAUCUAAGUAUGCCCAUUGUACCUUUCAUGUCUGUUA